CCAAUUUUCGUCAUAGCGCGUCACAUUAAGCGUGCGUCAAAAAUUUUGUUGUUGAAUUUUUAACACUUUUCUUUAUCAAACAAUUUUUAAUAAGUAUCAGGUUCUAAAAUUUUAUUUUAAAUCAUGGAGGUGAAAGAAUGCAAUGACCUUUCUGAGGAAAAUCAAUUUAUUGUUGACGAUGUAAGCAAAAUUAUUAAAGAAGCUAUUGAAAAUUCAAUCGGUGGUACUGCAUAUCAACAUAAUAAAGUCAAUCAGUGGACAUCUGCCGUAGUGGAAUCUUGUUUGGGUCAAUUGACGAAACUGCAAAAGCCUUACAAAUAUAUAGUGACGUGCACAAUAAUGCAAAAAAAUGGUGCAGGGCUUCACACAGCCUCCUCUUGCUUCUGGGACAACAAUACGGAUGGUUCAUGCACUGUGCGCUGGGAAAACAAAACUAUGUAUUGUAUUGUUUCUGUAUUUGGCCUCGGCAUCUAACAUUAUUAUAACAUUGGUCAAUCUAAGUUAACUAAGCCACUUAUCGCUUAAUUACACAUUUUUAAUGACAUUCUGCUUUUUUAUUUAAAAAAGUAUACAAAGCAAAAAAAAUAGUAUUUACAGGAUAUAAUAUUAAUUUGAGGAAAUACUUUCAGUUACAAUGUGUUAUUAAUUUAGUAGUCCAUAAAUUAUAUUAUAUAAUAAAUAGAAUAUAUUUGAUCUGUAGUGUUUAUUGAGAAUUACAUUUUUUUUCAUUAUUUUUUUUUGUUUCCAAUAAUUUAAAUAGUUGUUGCAAAUCAUAGCACUUAUCUGUAUUCAAUAUUUGCCAUCCACCUUGCUUACAAUGGUGUAGGUUUGUAACAAUAUUUGCAUAAAAAUGUAUGCAAUAACAUUCAUAAGUUAUAUGGUUUGAAACAAUAGCCUUUAACUUCUAUAGUUAUACUUAAUUUUAAGUAAGUAGGAUAUAUUUUCGUACUAAAUAAAUAUGUAUCUUAAAACCAA